CAUUCUCGACACGCCCGGCAACUUUCCAGCUAUGGGCUGUUGCGACGUUGCUCCAGCUUCAAGGACCCUCUCUGUUCAAACAAAUUCUCUUCGUGGAUAUAUGAUUGAGUCAAGCCACUUACAAUCAAAGUGUGGAAUGUGCAAUCAGCGGCAUCAAGAAAGCAGGAACAGCUCUCACAUCUUUCACAGUGGAAGCUUCCUCCCAAACAAUGGAUCGCCCAGCAAAACGAGUUCGACUUGAGGAACCAGCUGACGACGGCGAAAUAUCCGAUGUUGAGCAAGCUAGAGUGAGGAACGACCAGCGGCUAAAGUCUGCAUUUGAAGCUAUUUUUGAAAAAUACUCUCGCGACUUCUCGGGCGUCGGCGAUGAAAUUGAUCUGGAGACCGGAGAAAUCACCGUAAACAAUGGCCAUCUGCGGGACAUGGAAAGUGAGCAGGACAUGGGGCACGAGAACACACAAGAGCUCCUGGGUCAAUUUGCGGUUGAGGAUACGGAACCACCCGUCGAGGAAGACGACGACUGGGAUGAGCUCGGCGAUUCCAUGGAAGUAAUUCAGCCUCGUACACCCCUCGAAACUCCGCAACGCACAGUGAACAAAGAGCCGCGGAUAGAGACUGUCGAGGACACUUCGUACCAUGAGAGACCAAGAUCUACUCCGGUAGCCAAUGCAGUAGGGCGUGCAAUCGAAACUUUAUCAGAGAAAAGAGGGGAAGGACAUACUGCUACUGAGAAUGUCCCGGCCCCGCCGACCACCCCUGGCCCUCCUGCAGGCUUUCCCGGCCCAGCAUUUUGGAAGGAAUUUGGUGAGAAUUUGGCAUCAAAGAUUGUCCAUUCUUUGAUUCAUCUCACUACACCGAAUAACGAUGCUCAUAUUGAGCCUGCAUGGAGGACGCCGGAGCUACCUUUCACAGAUCAGACUCGUCGCCCUCACAUUCGAUCUGGUGGUGGCAAUUCCCACCCGACAUCAGCACCGCGUGCAACUUCUCGAUCUGUAUGGGCACACCUCACGCCGACCAGAACUCACAGGUCCCAUGGCGCGGCACCUCCGCGAGCCUCAAAAAGUCAUACUCGGUCAACUCUGCCUGCGAUUGCGCCUAGUCACUUUACUACCGCUACCCCUAAUAGCCUGCCGUCUCAGCUACCAAAUCAAUCUACAAGAAGAAACGCCACACCUUUUCCAAGGGCUAGCCAAACUCCUAUUGGUAGGCAGGACCAUGCGACAAUUAGCAAUCCAUCACGCUUUACUGCAGAUGAAGACCAGAUGAUCCUGGAGCUUCGAAUCAAUCGUCGCAUGACAUGGAAACACUUGUCGGAGCAUUUCCCCACUUGGUCAACGGAAUCGAUUCGAAAACGCGGUUUAACUCUUCUAGCUGAUAUAGAACAGCCUCCAAAUCAUUCCAAUGAGACUGACCAUUCCGUAAGAAGCGCUGAGGACACUACUCAUCAUCCGAGAAUCUCGAAAAGAACCCCCCAAAAUAGCACAACCGCUACAGCAACCACGUCCUCUGGAAAUCAGGGAAGGAAUGAUAGCGGCAGAAAUGUGAAACGUUCGGAUCCGGAGGUUUCAAAGGCGAGCGUGGAUAGCACCCGUGUUACUGGUAGAAAAGAUACGAAUGACGCUACCGACAGCAAUGCUCCACAAGAUCGAAACGUCCAACAGAAGCCCAGGGUAAGGCCAGCGCAGCCUGCAGUAACAAUUGCAAACGAGACCAUUCCGUCGAAUAAAAAGCCUCGUGCACGUCCACCAAAACAAAGCAAAGUGCAAGAUGAAGUGCAUCCUUUUGCUUCUCCACCUUCGGCUCCAGCGAGAAACCAUGCUCACAGUGCGCCCCAGAUUCAUUCACAUGAUAAGCCCGGUGCUAAGAGUACAUCAUCUGACGGCGUCGGUUUACCAUCGGUUCAUAAAAAGGGACCUAAAUCAAGCUCACAGCAAGAAAAAAGGCACUCCCAAAGAUCCAAUCAAAUUAGCUUUGUGGUUGAUAAAGACACCGAAGCCCCACUGCCCCCACCAUCAAACCCCUCUGCAGAUCCAUUCAGAUCAACCCAACGGAAAAAGGAGGUUGCACACGCGGCUCUGGCUAAAAUUCCAGGGACUUGCCAAAGUAGAGAAGAUGUUCCUGCAACUGGGUUGAGGAAUGCCCCACCAUCAGCUGAAAGAAGACUUAGGAUUUCGGCAAGGCUAUCACAGCGGGACACGGUCAGAUCCAAGCAACAUAUGAGCACGAAACCCAAUGCCGAGGGAGUAAAUGAGAAUCUCCCUAGCGUGCAGCACAGCGCGACCCCCACCUCUGGUUCUGUUCCUAUUGUAAAUGUUGAGAAGAAAAAGCGCGGAAGCCCGAAGUCGACCCAUGAAAUCGACCAGAUUUUAACGAAAGAUGUCGCCAUCAAGACUCCUGAAAUUGGUACGCCGAAAAAUCGGCCGCAGAAAGAGGCCAAUCACCCCUUUGGAAUUGGCAAUGGCAUAGAGCACGAGAAGCACCAUACGUCGAGCAAGGAUCUGCCGACGAAGUCGAAUAUAACAACCACUGCAAAGUCAACUGCUCACACCCAAAGCCCGCAUAGACAUGCUGAUGCCAUCGAUUCUACCCCUGUAUCUAGUCUGCUCAAAUCUCGUUCUGGCCGGAAGACCGGUUCUUCGACAUUAUCCAAGAAGCAGACCAUGUCUGGACACGGUUCUCUAGGUUCUCCGCGCACGCAGACGCCGCUGGCGUCCACGCCAAAUAGUGCCAGCCGUAAGUGCGGAACAGUUGGAUAUAAAUGUCAACGCGUAUUCUGUCUAAAUUGCCAAUGAGAUUUACGAGCAGACAGUAUAAAUGAGUGGAAGAGGCCAAGUAGCCAUCUCCCUCUAGUAUAAUCUGUAAGCUUGCAGAGGUAUACCAAUCAUACUCUUGUGAGAACAAGUCUCGAUUCGGGCAUUAGGAUGAUUAUGAGCUGGGUUCAAUUCUCCGCACCGCCAACUGAUACUGAUUACGGUUGAAAGAAAAACUGAGCUUUGGUGUGAAGCUAGAGUAUAUAUGACCUUUUAAUUAGAUAGUAUCUUCUGUGGGCCCAACAUUGAGCACAUCUUCAAGCUUGGUAUUGGCCUUUCCACCUAUAGAACCUGCUUUUGCCCAGAACUUCGAAAGAUGUCUGGCACCUGAGUCACACAGGAUAGUCACGACCCGAUGGCCGGGUCCAAGUUCAAGCGCUGUUCUCACCGCUGCCACGC